UCACAAGUUGGAACUAAUGGUCAACAUUGGAACAAUGCAGCCCAAAAUAACAGGGCUGAAUAUUUUCAUGGAGUGAGCAAGACCUGCCAGCAGAGCUCACUGGAGCAGGGAGACAUCCCAUCAUCCUUUUGGCGCCUGACAAAGCUUGAGAUUCAGAUCCUGCUGAACGAUGUUAAGCAGUCGAUUAACCACAUGCAGGGGACGCUGAACACCAUGCAGGGGCAGUGUAUUGAGUUGCAGACUGCCAUAUCUAAGAUCAUCACACCAGCCGAAGUUGCUGUGCAGAGGGAGGAGAUCGUCCUAGCAUCAGGCCUCAUCCCGUCACAGAGGAAGGGUAUCCUCCAAACAACCAGUGUCCCUUCACAGAGGGAGGGGAUUCUCUCAGCCGCCAGCAUCAAUGCACAGAGGGAGGAGAUCCUCCGAUCAUCAGGUCUCAUCCCGUCACAGAGGAAGGGUAUCCUACAAACAGCCAGUGUCACUGCGCAGAGGGAGGAAAUCGUCCCAAUGGCCAGCGUCCCUGUGCACAGGGAGGGGAUUGUCCCAAGGGCUAGUGUCCCUGCUGAGAGGGAGGAGAUCCUCCGAGCAUCAGGCCUCAUCCCUGCACCGAGGGAGGGAAUCCUCCAAACAGCCAGUGUCCUUUCACAGAGGGAGGGGGUUCUCCAAGCAGCUAGCAUCACUGCGCAGAGGGAGGAGAUCCUCCGAGCAUCAUGCCUCAUCCCUGCACAGAGGAAGGGGAUCCUCCAAACAGCCACUGUCCCUGCACAGAGGGAGGGGAUUCUCCGAGCAGCUAGCAUCACUGCGCAGAGGGAGGAGAUCCUCAGAGCAUCAGGCCUCAUCCCUGCACAUAGGAAGGGGAUCCUCCGAGCACCAGUCCUCAUCCCUACAAAGAGGGAGGGGAUUCUUCCAGCAGCUUCUAUCACUGCGCAGAAGAAUAAGAUCCUCAGAGCAUCACAACUCACCCCUGCACAAAGGGAGUUGAUCCUCCAUAUGACCAGUGUCACUGCGCAGAGAAAGGGAAUCCUCCCAAAGGCCAGCGUCCCUGCGCACAGGGAGUGGAUCGUCCCAAAGGCUAGUGUCCCUGCAGAGAGGGAGGAGAUCCUCCUCACAGCCAGUGUCCCUGUGAAGAAUGAAAACAAUCACCCACAACCACCUCCCAUCAUCCCCAUGGUGGCACCACUGUGGAAAUGGGAUGGUGGAGCGUGUACUCCACCUGUGGAUUUCUAUUCCAAGAGAAGAGAUGUCCGACUUAGAUAUGUUGAGCAUCCUGCUAUGAUGUCCAUCACCAAGCCGGAACACUCCGAUGCCAACCCUCAGUUCCAGACUGGCACCCGGCCGGUGGCUGAGCCCGAGACCCCUGCUCUUCACAAUAACAGUGGAGGCUGGCUCAGCUGGGUCUUUGGGAGUGGAAGAGCUAAUAAGAAGGAGGUUCAUCUACCUGAGGACAAAGACAGAUCUAUUGUCUGGGAUCCAACUCUGCACAGAUGGGUUAACAAAACUGAGCCCACGGCUGAGAACAAGUGUGUACCACCACCUCCACCGAUGGGGACAUAUGGAUAUCAGGGGAACACUGGCAGUGUCCCCAAAGGAGUGAAUCCUUACUCUAUGAAAGCAGCAGGUCUAUGGGGCAGCAGAUACCCUACAAUGCAUUUCAAUGAUGGGACCAACUCAAAGCCUCCAAGCCAUGGGCCUGGACUGCUUACUAGACAGCUCUCUGGCUUGCUCCCUCCUUCACACUUUGACCUCAUGGCACCAAUGGUUGUGCCACCUGACACUCUACCCUACUGAGGUAUGACUCUGGAAAAUCCUUCCAAAUUGUAUCCAUUCAUCAUUAACUGAGAUUUUACUUGAACAUAGCAAUUGGCUGAGGUAGCAAGAAUGUUAACUAUUUGUUG